CCACAGUUUGAAAUAAGAAUUUUCAUUGUAAACCAACCAUGCAACGGAUGAUGGAAAAAUCAUCAAAGUAAAAUCCAUAUCUGAAACUAGGCCGACAUUACAAUGUCUGCCACGAUUCGAUUGCAUUUAACGGCCUUCGAUUGAUUUAUUACGAGACUAUGCACACAUUUUAUUUAACGCAAUAAAGAAAAUCACAACGCAAAUUUUGUUUUUUGGGGGGCAAUUUUUUGCUUAAAAAUUUCAGACUUAAAUGAAAAUGAAAUUCUUUUUAACAAAUAUCUAUUUAAUGAUGACUAUAUUGAUCAAUGGUUUGAUCAAUUUUGAUUAAAUUGUGCUGAACCCAUCAUUGGAUUUAUCCAGAUAGAUAGAUGUAUUCUUACUCAUAACAAUUUUCUGAAAUUCUUCCUUUAUGCCAUGUGGUAUUUUUCAUCUUGUGUUGGGAAAAUUUAAAUAAUUUCAGACAUGCGUCUGAGUCAUCAACUCAGGUGAUUUAAUUCAUUUGAAUGACUUUAGUCACGAGCCCCAACUCUAUAAAAAUCAAAUAGUCACAGACAGAAAAAACAUCUUAAAAAAAAAAAAAAAUACUACUAUUUCAGCCAACAUUUCAAAAACAUGUUUAUUAGGUUAAUUGAAAAUUCAAAAUUGUGGAUCGGUGAGAAUUUAAGAGUGCAUACUUAUUCGUCUAUACCAGUAUGUGACCUGCAAAUGGCUGGUGUCCUGUCAAGCAGUGUUGUUUUCGUCAACGAUGUUAAUAACAGAAAUAUUUUGUCUGCGAACACUCUUUUUCAUGAUGAAGACGAGACGAUAACAAACUAAAAACGUGUUUUAGUAGACUAAAACAUAACGAGAUGAAUGCCAGUUUUGGUCUGACGAGACGAGAACGAAAUGAAAAUGCCCAGCACUUUCCUUCACAUGCUCACAAUGUGUGACAUUUUAUAUGUGGUUAGCUUGCUUCGUAGCAGUAUCUGGUUGUGUCACUCAUGUGACGUGCUGCGAACCCCCCAACUCACCAGUGUCCUCACUCUGGGCUUGCGCACACACAGUAAGAUUUGUUUUUUUCAACUUGUCCAGAGAGAUUAUGCAGUGUUGCUUUAGCCUUUAAUUAUGUGCGGAUGACACCAAAAAGCAUGUUUAUUUCAUAAUUCACGCAGUAUUUAAUGGUCCUGAAUGAAAUGGACCACUUGGAUGUGUGUGGAAGCUAUCGUUUUAUUUCUUCAAUUUUUGAAUCCCGCGCCAUGAAAAUAGAUGACAUCCAGCUCCAGUCUCGAGUUGAGGACGAAUGCGAAUGUGACGUCACCCAGGUCAGCAUCUCACGAUACAGCAUUGCUUUAUCGCAUGCAGUUGGACUGCGGAUUCAGCAGAUUUUGCAGAUUAAUUCGUUUAUUUUUCACAUCACGCCAGCCAAACGGCUGCAGGGUUUUGUAGCUGCAGGAGGGAGAGGCGUGUGAGCCUUUUUGGGUUUCAAAAAGUUCCCGUUCACCCUGAGAUUGGCCAAAACAAGUGUGCGACAACUGUGGGACCAUAGGACUUACGAGGACUUGAGUAAACAUUUGUGUUUUGUAUUAUGUCAAAUACGGGGAUCAUGGCACACGUUUUAAUACGGAGGUGGCUUGCAUUUUGUGGCUGACAAUGCUACUUGUCCACCGAGAAUGCCACUCGGCUGACGACUGGCGGCUUGUCGGACACCCCCCCUCGGUCCUUCGUGUGCCAGCUGGGAGAGCACUACACUCGACUUAUUGCCCUCUUCGUGUGCCCGGUGUUCUGUCAAAUUUUCCACCCCAUCAGAAAUUGCAACUUUGUGUUAAAAUGGCCGCAAAUACAGUGAUUACAAAGUAAACACUACAAAAUUUCUUUAAAUGAAGAAAUAUUUACUUACAUUUGAUCAUGGACAGACAUGUAGAAAAGUUCUCCUCAGACACAUCCUGCCUUGUUAGCUGCACCCAACAACUGCACGCCGCUCUCUCACUGUUUCUGUCUUCACCUUGUAGUUAAGCGUUAAUUUAUGCCAUAUUCGUGUUGACCAUGUGGCAGCUGCGCGCUCCUCCGACGUCGGCCGAUUUGUCUGGCGGUCAUUCUCCAGCUGCUUCCCCGUAAACGAGCUCUCCUGCCCGCAGCAGGGGGACGACGAGCUGUAACUUGCUCACCGCCGGGUGGGUUGCUGAUCGGCGAAGGCAAUCGACAACCCCACCGCCGUGUGAGAUGAUCUGGGGUAGUUUUGUGUGAUUUUUUUUUUUUGCUUCGAAAAGCGUAAAUAAGAAUUUGAGACGUCACUCGGUAAGGGUUAGCAUGUCGGGUAGCUGUCACGCCUCCUGGUUCUUUACAUUCUCCGAAGCCGGGGCAGGGAAAUGACAAAAACCGGAAAAACUCCGGUGGCAUAAAAUAUACUUUGGGAGAUGCAGAAGAAGUGGACAGUUUUGACCAUUAUGGAGUAAUUUUGCCAUGUCGUACUGAAUAAAUGCAUUUUUAAUAUUUCAUAUUCCAUUCAGCACAAGACUGUAAUUUGUCAUGACCAUACCAUAUAUUUACCAUUGGGGAAAAAUACUUGGAUAAAAAAGAAUAUAUUAGAAAAUGGAAGAAAAUAUUGGAGUCAAGAGAUUGGAACAAUGACAUUUUGCUGCUCUCUUCGUCGCAUUUUCCUCAUUCUGAAUCAUUCCCCCUAAAUGGGCCGAAUUCUAAAUCAGAUGAAAUCAUGACCCUGCCGACGUCAUCCUCUAUUUGGGGACGCUAGAGCGCUAUAAUGGCAGGCGGGGCUAAAUGGCAGAUAAAAGACUAAUUUCUUGUCAUCUGCUCUUUGCCAAAUUGUUGUAUGUAGUCAAAUUGUCUCAAAAUAUGAUUGUAAUUCACAUAAUAAUGCUAUUUAAGACUUUUUUAUCCUGUCAUAUGCACUUCAAAGGUCUGUGAGCAUAGCAUUCACUAUUGCUAACGGCGAGCGUCCUCUUAAACUCUCGGACAACUUUUUCUACAUACAGUUUGUGGCGUCCCUGUGGGUAUAAUUAAUUGAAAAUAAUGUAUUGUAUUCCUGCUUAGCAUGUAUUAUCACCAAGUUGGCAUUGUACUUGUACACGCUACAAUAUGUGCUCGUCUGUCAAUGUUCAUUCGAAAUAGUUAAAAGACUAUUUGUUUUUGGGGUAAAUUUUUUAAAUUUUACAGACUAAAUUUUUAGUCAACGUCAACUAAAACUAAAUGAAAUUACUCUUGAGUUUUCGUCCAUAAAACCCAGAUGGAGAUGAACACAUUUUGAGAUGACUAAAAUAUAAUUAAGACUAAUAAGUAUUAUCAGCCAAAAGACUAAGACUGAGACGAAAAUUAAAAGGGCUGCCAAAAACAACACUGCUAUCAAGGAUGUACGCUGUCUCAUACUUGAAGCCUCCUUAAAUAGGUUGCAGCACACACGCGACAGAAGUGGAUACUUAGUUUAGAAAGACAUAGAAUAAAAUAUAUAAUAUAUACAUAUAAUAUAUAUAUAUAUAUACAGUAUAUAUAUAUAUAUAUAUAUGUAUAUAUAUUAAGAGUGUGACAAUAUCUCGAUACAGCGAUAUAUCGCGAUAUUUUGCAACCCGAUGGGUUAUCGAUAUGCUCCCGCCAAGAAUCGAUACUUUUAUUUAACAUAUUGGCCAUACAAUGGAGUAUGGAUGCUGUAAACUGCUCAAUGUUUGUUGAGCAAUUCCUUGGCGGUCCACUAGGGGCGCUCGGGAGUGGCGGUGAGGGUAAAGUGCGCACAAGUUGUCUAGAGAAGAAGAGAAGCUCCAAGUGGGUUGAAAAAAUAAAAAAGCUCUGUGAGAACGGUGGAGGGAAAAAAUGAGAAAAAUAUUGCUACAAAUCACACAUGGGGACACACUUUAGAUUUUACACCAACAAGAAAGGAAGUAAGGUGAACAAGGACUUUGCUGUAUGCAAGAAUUGUCUAAGAAAAAUAAGUUUCACUGGGAGCUGGUGACGUAGUGGACACUGGAGUUUUUGAGCUUUGCUUUCAUCACUUGAGGAUGCCCACCACUCAUUCUGAGCCACAGUUCUACAGGUUGAGCAAAAACAAGAAGAGGAUCAUCUACACUGUUUUUGAGUACAGUCCUUUGCUGGACUCUGCGAAUAUGACUCCAGAUGACUGGGGAAGAAUUGGAAAGGACAUCGAGAAAAACUAUGAAAGCUAUGACGGCUUCGUGAUCCUUCACGGCACAGACACGAUGGCCUACACUGCCUCCGCAUUGUCCUUUAUGUGCGAACAUUUGGGGAAGCCCAUCGUCCUCACCGGUUCACAAGUGCCUAUCUAUGAGAUGAGGAAUGAUGGCAGAGACAACCUGCUGGGGGCGCUGUUGAUUGCUGGCCAGUUUGUCAUCCCAGAGGUGUGCUUAUAUUUCUACAACAAGCUCUACAGAGGAAAUCGUGUGACCAAAGUGGAUGCUGGGAGUUUUAACGCAUUCUCAUCACCUAAUUUGGCGCCUCUAGCCACUGCGGAGGUUGAUAUUGCAAUUAACUGGGACACUGUGUGGAGGGCAAAUACCACAGUGAAGUUUCAAGUAUCCACUGAGCUCAACAGGAAUGUCGGCCUGCUAAGGCUCUUCCCGGGGAUAACUGCUGCUACUGUGAGGGCAUUCCUUCAGCCACCAAUGGAGGGAGUGGUUCUAGAGACGUACGGCAGUGGAAACGGCCCAGAUAACCGCCCUGACCUGUUGGAGGAGUUUAGGAAGGCCACCGACUCUGGCGUCACCAUCAUUAACUGCACACAGUGUCUGAGGGGGACAGUGUCUACAUCUUACGCUACUGGCAAGGUAUUGACAGAUGCUGGCUUGGUAGCUGGGGGUGACAUGACUCCAGAGGCUGCCCUGUCAAAGCUAUCCUAUGUGUUAGCAAAGAGACAUCUAGAUAUGGAAGCCAAAAAAAAGAUGAUGAGCCAGAACCUGCGAGGUGAGAUGACUGCUGACUUGGCCGGAGCUAAGUUUACUCUGAGUGACAGUCGAUUCAUCCAAGUUGUUGCCAAGUCUUUGAGCAUUAGCUGCAAAGAGGAGCUGGAGGCCAUCCGUGAUGCUCUGACACCCUCGCUGGCAUGUGCAGCCAGUAAGAUUGGUGACAUCGAGACUUUAGAAACCCUAAAAGAAAUGGGUAGUAAUUUGUGUCUGGGCGACUACGAUGGACGGACUCCGCUGCACAUCGCUGCCUGCGAGGGAAACCUUAAAACGGUGCAAUACCUGCUGACGGUCGGCGCCACGGUAUAUGCAAAAGAUCGCAAUGGUGACACUCCUCUGCGCAACGCUGUGCGCUUCAGGCACAAGGAUGUCGUCAAGCUCCUGAGGAAGACUGGAGCCCACUUUUCCCGAGAUGAGUUGGAAGAGGCAGGAACAGAACUGUGCAGCCUGGUGGUCAGCGGCGACCUGGAAGGCCUGGAAAUAUGGAGCCUUGCUGGAGCUGAUCUGAAUAAACCAGGCUACGAUGGGCAGACAGCAAUCGACUUGGCCACGACUGUCGGUAAACCGGAAAUGAUGAACUUCGUACUACGAAUCCUCAGCAAAAAAAUGAAGACAGAAUUGAAUGAAUAUGAUGAAUUUGACGAGGAGGGGAAUUCUAAAUCAGGAUGCUGGCAGGAAGGCUAUACUUUUCACCAAGAUCAUCACCCAUUGAAUAUGAACGGGGGAGUUAUCGACUUCACUGCCGCUCCCGCGGAAUCCUAAGCCCCGCUCCGUCCACGAGCACCUACUCCGUCCUGAAAUCGAGACGAAAGCACAGUUUAUCCGAAGCCACGAUCACAAAGUGAUUACCGUCCGACUGAGUUUCUUUGAUGGUGGAAUGUGAGCACAAAUUGCAUUGAAAUAUUUGACGCUGCUUUAAAUCGUGAUAUGAGGGUAUACAUUGUACAUGAUGAUAUUGUGCAAGAUAAACCAAAUGUUGCUGUGAGUUAAUAUGGAAUGAUUACUGUGACAGUGUAAUCAAGUUCAGGGUCUUUUAUUUUUUUAUAUCCUGAUUUUUAUGGUGAAAAGAUUUUUGCGGCGCGUGCAUUUUUCUUGGUCAAAUACCUCCGAGAGCAUCCUGCUGAAGUGGUAGAACACGUGGUCGAAAACUGUAACCGCAGACUGAUCCGGCCUGUUUCUCAGCCCGCCGUCGAGCCGGAAGAGCGGCAUAACUCUUUCUGAAACGGAACUAAACAUUUCAGUUGCAAUCUGGUUUCUGUGAUCUUUGCAAUGUAUUUUAGUCUUGUUGAGCGUCCCUUUAUCUGUUCACUUUGUUAUCUUGAAGCAAUGAACUGAUUGAACAUAUGCCAUUCAAUUAAGUGUUUAUAUUUUGUUUCACCGUUUUAAUGUCUUGCUGCUGUGUCGUUUGGGAUACUGUCUUUAAUCCUUGUUGAAAAAGCACGAGAAAUAAAUUCAAUUACAUAUA